UCCGAUCGUCACCUGGUUCGUUUCCGAGCUGUUUUUGUGCCGUUAAAUGUAAACAGACUGGAAUGAAAGCCAUCUACCAACACUCCUUUAUAUUUCUGAUGGACAUGAGGACAUUUUCUAGCGAGAGGAGAAGCAGGAACCGCAGAGGUCAAUGUUUUGAAGGAUGGCCGCUGCAGAGAGCUCCAGGCUCCGAGGAGAAGAGAGAGAAACUGGGGGAGAAGAUCCAGAAGCCAGCAUGGAUGGAUGAGGAACACCAGAGAGGCUCUAAGGAGCAGCUUAGAGCACUUUGAAUCCUGCUGCUAAGGCAGCUACAGUUGCUAAACCUGUUAGGCUGGUUGCCAGGCAACAGAAGCUCCGCCCAGCUUUCAACCUUUAUAAGUAGUGACAGGAUAAACAGAAACAGUUGACGCAGAGCAGAAGGAGCAGAACAUGUUGGGACUUAUUGUGGAUCUGAUGGAGUCUCUGCUCAGGUUUCCCUUCUGGACCUCCACCUUCUGCCUCUACCUGUCCUGGACUCAGGUUCAAGCAGCAACAUUUGUAGUGAAUGUGACACAGAGCUCCUAUCAGGCAGAGGAGAACCACAGCAUCACUCUGGAGUGGACCUUCACCACAAGACCCAACAGAACCUGGAUCAUCUACUGCAGCGUGUUGACUCGUCCCAGAGAAAUAGUCCUCUAUUCAGUCUAUGAAGAUAUUAAAGAGUCAGAGUUUACAGAUGAACACUUUAAAGGACGAGUCCAGAUGGACAAAGACGUCCUCAGAGAAGGAAGGAUCAGAUUUCAUCUGUGCAGACUGAGGACUGAAGACUCUGGACUCUAUGUGUGUAACAUCAGGACUGACUAUGGGAGAGGUUCUGCAGACUGCAACGUUACAGUGACUGAGUCGGUUCCUCACAGAAGCCUCAUCAAUCCGACCCCACAGGAUGAACCCAGCAGUUCUGAUGGUCGGUCCAGACUCCUCCUCUUUUUCCCCUUGAGUUUCUUCAUUGUUUCUCUAAGUUUUCUCAGCCAUAGAUUGAAAGACAAACAAGAAUUUGGCUGAAUCCUCAGUCUUGCAGUUUUGGCUGCCUUGCUCAAGGGCAGACCAGUGUUUAUUUAAAUGGGAGCUCCAUUCAUUCUUCUCUGCUGCAGAUUGUUAAAGACUCAGAUUCAGCUUAGAAGCUGCAGCAUCCUGGAGAUGGACACAGUGUUCAGGAUCAGUCAGAGGCCUUUCAGUGGAACCAGGUGACCCUGCAGCUGGACUAAUAAAGAUGCAUUAUCAGGUAAAGGUAGAAAGAACAAAGGUUCUCCAUGUUUGCUGUCAGACUCUGCAGGAAUCCUCCAAACCUUCAGAUCAACAAAUGAUCAAAUGUCCUGGUUGAACUGAAGCUUUUUCAUCGAUUUUUUUAAAAAUGUAUUUCUGUUACAAAAUCUGCAGUGAUUGCAACAUAGAUUUAAAGUCAGGUGACUGUGAUGUUUUUAGAGACCAUGAGAACCAAACUGUCUGACAUAUAAACAGAGUUGAACUUAUUUUACUACUUGAAGAACUUUAAAUGAUGGAGCAGAGGAUCAGAACCUGACUGAUGACCUGUUAAACAGAGACAUGACAGACUCACUGGUUUAGUUUGGUCUGAUAGAGGCUCUGGAAAAUGGAUUUGCUGCUUUAUUCCACUACAGAGAAACUUUUUUCAUGGUAAUUAAAUAUCAUAAAAGUUUAUUUUUAUUUUGAAAAAACAAUGUGUACA